AUGGGUUCAAUCGAGGUUUCUAGCUCACUUUUCCAGCCUCUCAAGCUAGGUGCAGUGACCUUGGGUCACCGAGUUGUGCAGGCUCCUUGCACUCGUAUGAGAGCGACCAAAGAGUCAGAUGGAGUCUAUGUUCCGAACGAUCUAAAUGUUGAAUACUACGGACAGCGUGCUUCCCAAGGGGGUCUCAUGCUGACAGAGGCAACUCCAAUCAGUAGAAUUGCCGCUGGAUACCCAGGCGUUCCCGGAAUUUUCACAGCCUCACAAAUCGCUGGGUGGAAGAAGGUGACCGAUGCCGUCCACACCAAAGGUGGCUUCAUAUACUGUCAAUUAUGGCACGUCGGUCGCGCAACUGUUCCAUCUUUUAUUGAGGGAAAGGAAGUUCUCGGUGCAAGUGACAUCCCAAUCACCGGUAAAGCAAUGGAUGGUAAUGACUACGCUGCAACUCCUCCCCGGCCUAUGACGGUCGACGAAAUACGAGAAACUACCGCCGAGUACGCAGCUGCGGCUAAAAGGUCAAUUGAAGCAGGAUUUGAUGGUGUUGAAAUUCACGCUGCGAACGGUUACCUUCUCGACCAAUUCCUCCACGACAACGUCAACAAUCGAACAGACGACUACGGCGGCUCUGUUGAGAAACGCUCUCGCAUUGUUUUGGAAGUGAUUGAAGCAGUUUCAAAGGCCAUUGGUGCGGAGCGAGUAGGCAUCCGCCUAUCGCCUUACAACUAUUUCCAAGACACACGAGACUCGAACCCUAAUGCCCACUGGCUCACGAUCUGUGAACAGAUCGCCAGCUUGCCCUCAGAGAUUCGACCAGCAUAUGUGCACAUGAUCGAGCCUCGUUUUGAUGAAGAGUUGGAUGAAGCAGCUAAGAUGAGCUCACUACCAGUUGAGAAGCCAUCACUCAAUGUCUUCCGUCCAGCUUUGAAGCAAGGCGGAAUUGCAUUUCUUGCUGCCGGCAACUUCAAUUCCGAAAAUGCAGCUGUCAAGUUGACAGACGAUGAGGCCGAUGCCAUAGCAUUUGGUCGUUUGUUCAUUGCCAACCCAGAUUUGCCGAGAAGAUUGAAGGAGGGACUGCCCUUGAAUCCAUACGAUCGAUCAACUUUCUAUGGUGCGAAUCCUCCAGAGAAGGGAUACACUGACUAUGCAUUCUAUAGUAAAUAG